AUAAGGUCAGGUAUAAUAUAAAGAGAGCGGUGGUGGUGGCAAAGUUCCCACUGAGUAAGAGAACUUCAGUCACCACACACCAGCUGCCCUUGUUUCUUCCAAGCAACUCCCACUACACUUGUAAACAUGGAUAUGCUGGAUGAGGAACAGAUUGGGGCACUUCAGAAGGCCUUUGACUCCUUCGACACUGACAACAAAGGCUACAUCACCCCAGAGACCGUGGGCGUCAUCUUGAGGAUGAUGGGCGUCAAGAUCUCUGAGAAGAACCUUCAGGAGGUCAUCGCAGAGACUGACGAAGAUGGAUCCGGCGAGCUGGAGUUCGAGGAGUUCGUGGAGCUGGCCGCUAAGUUCCUCAUUGAGGAGGACGAGGAGGCUCUCAAGGCAGAGCUGAAGGAGGCCUUCCGUGUCUACGACCGAGAAGGCAACGGCUACAUUACCACCGAAGUCCUAAGGGAGAUUCUACGAGAGCUGGAUAACAGGCUGACGGAGGAAGACCUGGACAACAUCAUUGAGGAGGUUGACGAGGAUGGCUCAGGCACUCUCGACUUCGAUGAAUUCAUGGCUAUGAUGAACGGUUGAGUUGAAUCUCUCUCUGAAGAAACAUUUUUAUUUUUAUCUAAUUUUCUCAUUUUCUUACGUUCUCAUCUUCAUUAUUUAUUUUCGUUUCUCGUUUUCUUUUUUUCUUUUAGCAUUUAUUUCGUGUCAAUGUGUCUCUUUAUUGAGACGACAUAUGUUCGUAACUUGAUUGAGACGGCAUAUGUUCGUAACUUUAUUGAGACGACAUAUGUUCGUAACUUUAUUGAGACGACAUAUGUUCGUAACUUUAUUUUAUUUAUUGCAUGACACUGGUCUUCAGCGCUUUGUGAAUGAUUUAUUUAUCUUCUGGCAGUAGCUCACACCUCGCUUAAAUGUUUAUCCUCCAGCUUACACCUUGCAUAGAUGUUUAUGCUUUGGCUAGUUGCUAGUUGCUUAGACAGCCUUCAGCUAAUCGCGAACACCUCGCUAAGAUGCUUAUCCCUCCAACACCUCGCUUAUACACUUAAACUUAAGUUAGUUUCUAAUGUUAAGACUCUUAUUCUUCAAGAAGUCGCUAGCACCUCAGAUACUGAUCUUUAAGAUAAUCGCUAACAUCUCGCUUAGACGCUUAUAUUUCAUCCAGUCACUAACAAAUCUUAGACGCGUAUACUUCAAAUAGCCGCUAACACCUCACUUAAACAUACUUCAAAUAGUUGCUAACACCUUAUUUAAUCGCUUAUACUUCAAAUAGUGGCUAACUUCCUCCACAUUAACACUUAUCUUUGAGUUACUCGCUAAGUCAACACAUUCCCUCGUACCUGACCAACAUACAACGACUUGUUUCAGUGUUGUGACUGACUCUUAACAUUCUCUCUUAAGAUUUGCUCACUUUCUCACCCCUAAGAUAAUCGGUGCAGUUUAUUAUAAUUGCAGAAGUUAGUCGCUAAAUCUCUGGUGUCACCUGAAAAAUCGCUUGUAUCCCCAGGGAAAUUUAGUUAAAUAUUCCUUUUUUUUCACAUUUUUAAAUAGAGUAAUUUUUAAUUUUGCUCUGAAAGUAAUAUGGAAUUAGUUGAGGAUAUAUUUAAGUGGUUCAUCUCUCCUCUCGCUUCAGUGUGUGAUUUGGAUCUGCCUAUCAUGGGUCAGUAGGCCUGCUGCAGUGCUCCUUUCUUACGGGCUUCUGUAUAUGAGUCUGACUGAAAUGUACGUAAUAUUAGUUAGCUAAUCUAUCUAGGAAUUUGCCAGUUUUUUCACUGUUUUCAGUGAGGUUGAGAGCCCUUGUCACCUGACACCAGAUUUCAUCUCACCUCCUGCAACAUCUCCUGCAACAUCUGCUGCAACAUCUUGUCUUAGUCUACGAAAACUAUGAUUAAAAGUUCACACAGAAGACGUCAUUGAACUUUCAAAAUUUCUUAUAUUAUUUCUGUUGCUAUUUUCUUUUUUUUUUUUUUAAUAUUCUGAAUCAGUAGAAUUUUUUAAUUAUUUUCUUUACAGUGUUCUUCGUGUUCGAUUAUUUUCCUUACACUAGUUUUCACUCAGCAAGAUUAAAUGAGAUGUGGAGGGCUAGACACCCAACUUCCAGACUAACAGUAGGUGGUUCAGGGGGGUCAGCGCCCCCCGCGACCCGCUCUUAGAUUAGGUUUCUCGGUUAUCGCCCUGGUCAGUCAGGCUACUGGUGCUGGGUGAUAGUAUUCCGACGUAACUAUCUAAUAGCCUGGCUGACCAGGAUUUUUUUUUUUUUGGAGGGGAGGAAGAACCAGUCAACUUCGGUCUAUUUGAAUUUUCUGUACAUAGCAACUAUUCUUGAAAGAUUCUGUCAUGUCUUCUCUCAAUUACUUCUAUCACAAUAAAUGUCGUAAUUACUACUACUACUACUACUACUUCCAUUGUAAAACUUUCUGGCUGUGCUGGUUUUCCGCUCUAAAUCCAUCUCCUUACCUCUCCCUCCAACUUCCUUACUUCCCAGCACUUUCCCCAGCAUCCUCUCGCCCAGUCAGCAUCCCUCAACUACCCUCUCCUCCUCUCAGCAUCCCUCAGCACCGUCUCGCCCUUUCAGCAUCCCUCUGCACCCUCUCAGCAUCCCUCAGCACCGUCUCGCCUUUUCAGCAUCCCUCUGCACCCUCUCAGCAUCCCUCAGCACCUCUCAGCACCCUUCCCGCUUUAGUGAAAAUCGUUCCUCACUCCCCUAAAUUAUAUUUUAUAUUUUGAUUCCCCUAUUUAUUUCGUGAUGCUGAUGCACCCUGGGUCAUGCCUGGCACCAUCACAGCUGACACAAUUUCUUCAGUAAACAUUACACGCAAAGAAA